AGUGUAUGGGCGGCCAUGAAUUACAAACCUCCUCGAGGUCGUUGCAAUCACAAAAGCUCCCUCAUUUCUUCCUGCACAUGCCUUCGGUUCAUGCUACAUCCUGUCAAGGUGCGUCCGAGAUGCGCUGAGCAGAUGGCGGCCACGAGCUUCGAAUGUGAUGGUUGCGGCCAUCAUGCUUCAUUUCACUCUCUGGAGAAUGUUGCAGAAGAUGCAAUAUUGAAGAAAUGGUCGGUAGAGGCGUCUCGGGAAGCAUCUCAGAGCUCUACGAGUGCUGUGAAGAAGCGCCGACGCCUU